AUGGCCUUCGUUUCGACCUGUGCUGCGCUUGUCCUUGCGCUCGCCCAAACUACUUUCGCGGACGACUCUUCGAAUAACACCUGCCAGUCGUAUGGCGUGGACUACGAGAACGGUGGAAGCUACUUCCAGAACAUCAACCUGAACAACACAUUCACUGCUUUCCAGCAAUUCAGCGGAUGCACGAACGAUACAGCCCACAAUGUGAUUGUCGAUCCAAACGGUGACCAGAGCGAGUGCUCCGAAUCAAGCAUGCAGCCCAGCAACACCGACAUGCUAGUGACAUGCAGCAACUGGACCAGCAGUACGCUUUAUGACGGGGACUGGUCGCUGCUCAUCGUCAGCAACAACGGCAAUGGGACUCCAAUUGCAUACCAGCGCGAUUUCAGUCUCUCCGUUGGCCAGCCACAAGCAACAGUCUCUACCGAUGGCCCGACUGUCACGAACACCGUGUCCACCACUGUGACAACGACCUCCACCUCGACCAGCAUCGCCGCUUACACGACCACUCUUGUCGGUGGCAGCAGCAACAGCACCAGCUCCGAGACUAGCUCCUCGCCUAGCACUUCCUCCUCCUACUCUGGCUCGUCCUCGUACGACUCUUCGUCGUCUUACUACUCGACCGAUUCUGCCUCAUCAACAUACUCCGGAUCUUCGUCAUACUACUCGACCGACUCUGCCUCGUCGACGUACGCCACUUCAUCAUCUUCCUACUCGUCUUCGACCUACUACGGGAGUGAUUCCGCCUCUUCGACGUACGCCUCGAGCUCUUCAUACUCAUCGGACUCCUAUGCUUCUGGAUCAUCGACGAGUGGAUCUAGCAGCGCUUCAUUGGGAGUUUCUGUCUCAAUUCCAAUUGGCGGGACCACCACUGGCUCUGACGGCACAGCAACUGUCACAUCCUUCUCUGCUGUUACAUCGAUCCUGACCCAGAGCGGCAGCUCCUGCACCGCGAGUAGCUCUGCCCCAGCAUCUGCUUCAGCAUCGCCAACUGCCACCGCGAGCAAGUCGUGGCACUAUGCUCCUGAUCCAUUGGCCAAGAUUGUACCGUCUAUCCUUGGCACUGAGCUCGACAACUUGGUCGCUGGCCUCAUUGGCGCAGUUGAGACCGUUCUCGACGACCUGAAGCCUCGAGCCACCCAACUUCCCGCGUCUGCAAAGUUCAGGAAGGCUAUCAUUGAGGGUCGCGCCAUUGAUGAGGAGCUCAAGCGGGCUUUCGUCAAGGAGCGGGCGGCAUUCUUGCACGGUGCCGAUGCGAUCGCCAAGAGACACCCAGACUCCGAAACGUCCACUGUUUACACUGGAUCAACUACUUACACUACGUACUCCACAACCACUUACACGGAGACCGCAACGGCAUACGCGACUUCAACCAGCACCCAGCUGAACCUCCUUGGCCGGGAUGACUCCUUGGCCACCAUCACGACCGUGAUCCCCACGACGAUCAUCUCCACCGUCUGCCCUACGCAGUAA